CGGCAGAAUCCCCAGCGCAAAGCAAAAGCGCAAAAGGAAAAAGAAAAAAAAAACCGUCCUGAAUUGGUACUUACAUAUAUAGUACUCAACAACAAGGAACUCUGAAGAAAAAUACUCAUUUAAAAUGGCACCAGAACUGAGAAAGAGAAAGCCCAAGGAAGCUGUCAUAUCGGCCCCGAAGCCCUUGUCUCAAGCCAAAGCCAAGGUUCCUGCUGUUAAAAGAAAGGCUGCCGAUGAUGCAAGCCCAGUCUCGACGAAGAAGUCAAAGCCAACGAAAGAUGCUAGUCGAUCGAAGAAAGCUAUAGCAUCCGAUGACCGACCCGUUAAGACGAAGGCUUCCAAGAGCGCGCAAUCCACAAUCCCAACAGACAAAGCGGAUAGUGAGGCGAAGGACGAAGAAGAAGAAGUGCAGUCAUCAGAUAACGAACAAGACGAUGCUCAGGCUCUUGCAAAGGUUUAUGACAGCGAUGACGACAGCGAGGAUGCUGUGACUGAUGGCGAUGUCACCUUUCAAGAGGGGCAAGACGUAGGCGAAAUUCCGAAAGAAUCUGCGAAGCUGCUCAAGUCUGCCAAAUCUGAAGAUAGCGAACGUGGUGUUGUAUACGUCGGUCGCUUGCCGCAUGGUUUCUACGAGCGUGAGAUGCGCUCUUAUUUCUCACAAUUCGGCGAUGUUGAGAGACUCAGGAUGUCGAGAAACAAGAAGACAGGAGCCAGCAAGCAUUUCGCUUUUAUUGAAUUUGCUUCUGCGCCCGUUGCAGAGGUUGUCGCAAAGACUAUGGAUAACUAUCUUCUUUUUGGUCGAAUACUGAAGGUUAAGGUCGUUCCAAAGUCGCAAAUUAAUGAAAAUGUCUGGAAAGGUGCCAACAAGCGCUUCAACAAGAUUCCUCGAAGCAAAUUGACCGGCAAUGCUCUCAAGAAGCCACUAUCAGAAUCAACAUGGACGAAGAAGAUCUCUAAGGAAGAACAGAAGCGCAGUGAACGAGCAAAAAAGCUACUGGACAUGGGCUACGAAUUUGAGGCGCCCAAGAUCAAGUCUAUUGAUGAAGUAGAGCGAGUCCCUGCCGAACUUGAAGGUACGGAUGGUGAGGCGCCGAAGGCUGUCGAGGCAGCUCCUGAGGCUUCAGCCCCCGUGGCCGUCGAUGUUGAGGAAGAACAAAAGACUGAGAGCAAUGAGUUGCCGGACAGUGAGCCAGCUGUCGAGAAGCCUGCUAAAGCGAGCAAGCAAAGCACGGCCAAGUCAAGCAAGAAGGCGGCAAAGAAGUCAUCUAAGGCUAAGAAGGUUGCAGCAUAAGGGUUCUAGGGCGUAUCGAGUAGUUUAAUAAAUUCAUGAUGAUUUCCUAUAUUCAAGCACUGGAGGUUCAUUGUCGUUGUUUUCUGUCUGUCUAACCUAGUUAUUACAUGCCUACGUACCUCAUUCGAUAUGUAGGUAUUCUUAUCAUAUUUGCGCAUAGCGAACCCGCCGUACCAUUGACUAAGUCGGGCAGACACCGGGAUUUUGAAAGGCAAAUAUCAUUCUACUUCAACUAGAAUUAUGAACCAGCCAUCAGAGCAUCACAAUUAAGUGGCGGCAGCUUCGAUUCCAAAAGGAUCCAGUGAAGAUG